AUGACAGAAUCCAACAAAAACGGUGUGCUGAUGGAUAAAGAGUUCCUCGAAAGAAACUCAUUACACACUGAUCUCUUCAACAUCCCGCAUAUUCGCACGGUUUACAAUCAAUUCAUGUUGACUUUCAUACUUCUCUUUCUUAACACUAUUGCGUGCGAUAUAAUGGAGUCUGGAACGAUUCGCGUUGGUACCAAUACAAUAAGGACUGGUUUCGCAAAGUUUCUAACGUGCAUCUAUAUUUGGUCGUUCAUGCAAAUCUCGACAUUCGGUGUCUACGUGGCUUUUACCCUCUGGGCGUACCGGCGACAACAGUUCUUGCCAAAAU